AUGAUUUAAAAAUAUAAUAAAUUAAUUAAAUAUUAUUCUAAUUUCGGAAAUGAACAAAGUACUUAAUAUGGUGGCUACGGUAAUGAUUAUAGAGGAAACUUCAAUAUCAAUAAAAUUAAUGAUAUAAAUCCUAGUUGCGGAUUUAAAGAUACUUUCAGUUCUUAUGGAUCUUCUAAUUUGAACAAUCCUUUAAUGCCAAUGACUUCUAACACACCUUUUUAUCAAAAUUCUAACUUAGGAGGUGGUCUUAGUGGAUUGGGUGGCAUGGGAGGUAUAGGAGGUAUGGGAGGUAUAGGAGGUAUGGGAGGUAUUGGUGGUAUAGGAGGUAUGGGAGGCAUUGGAGGCAUUGGAGGUAUCGGAGGUAUCGGAGGUAUCGGAGGUAUCGGAGGUAUCGGAGGUAUUGGAGGUAUCGGAGGUAUAGGAGGUGUAGGAGGUGUAGGAGGAAUAGGCGGAGGUUAUGGAGGAAUGGGUGGCGGUAUUUAAUCUAAUUUAAAAACAAAUAAUUAUGGAUAACCUUCAUCAAUGUCUUAUGAAAAUAAAGUAGGUGCUGGAGUAGGAAUGUUUACAAAUAAGCCAGCUUCUUAAUCUUAUUAUCCUGCUGAAUAAUUAAUCUCAUUGUAACCUUAAAAAUAACCUUUAGCAAACCCUAAUGCUUAAUUAAGUUAAAAAAGUGUAACUAACAUUAUGAAAAAAAAUUAAGAAAUGGAUUAAGAAAAACUAUCUGAUAAUGCUAAUAUGGCAAAAGUAUUAUAUAACUCAACGUUAAGCUCUUCUAUUACAGUAUCUAAAUUUGAUGAGUUAUUAAGAUAAUAUUAAGGAAAAUAAUAUGACGACAGAGAUUUUCCUCCAGAUCGAAAUUCUAUAGCCCCUCCUGAUUAUUUAGGAGAAUAUAGAGAUGUAGUAAAUAAUAAAUGGAGAAGACUUAAAGAAUGUUUACCUAACUAUAAAUUGUUUUUGGGAAAUAUUGAGCCAAACGAUAUAUAAUAAGGAGCUUUGGGUGAUUGCUAUUUGCUAUCUACUAUAGCCGCUAUAUCCGAAUACCCGAAUAGAAUCAAACGUAUAUUUGUCUCUUAAUAAGAAAAUAAUGUAGGCGUAUAUGCCGUUAAGUUAGUUUGGAGAGGAGAAUUAAAAGAAGUAAUUGUAGAUGAUUAUGUUCCUGUAGACAGAUAAGGUAAUCCUUAUUUUUUAAAAUCGAAAGGAGCAGAAGCUUGGGUCAUUAUUUUGGAAAAAUCAUGGGCUAAAUUACAUAAAUGUUAUCAUUUUAUUGAUGGAUAAUUAACAAAAGAAGCUCUUCAUGAUUUUACAGGAGCACCAACCAGAUCUUUUCCUACUGAUAGGAAUUAAAAUGAAUUAUGGUAAAAGAUUUUGCAGGCUGAUUAGAAAUAAUAUAUAAUGACAAGUGGUACUUAUGGAGAAGAUACAGGUGGAAGUGGAGAUCCUAAAUAAAAAUUAGGGCUUGUUAGUGGACAUGCUUAUUCUCUUAUUGGAGCUUCUGAAAUUAAUGUUGAUGGGUAAACUCAUAAAUUAGUAUAAGUUAGAAAUCCUUGGGGAGAAUUUGAAUGGAAUGGAAAAUGGAAUGAUAAUGAUCCUAUUUGGAAUAGAGUAUCUUAAUCUGAUAAAAAUAGAAUUUAAUUUACUAAAGAAGAUGAUGGUACAUUUUUUAUUGAUUAUUAGUCCUUAAUAGAACAUUUUGAUGCUGUUUAAAUUUGUUAUUAUGAUGAUAAUUAUGAUUAUACAGGAAUCAAAUGUUUUGAUCCUGAUGAUGUUCCUUCAAAUACAUAUUAUUCAGAAACUAAAUUUUGUGUAUGUGAUUCGAAAGGAAAUGUUGUUUAAGCUUUUUAAGGAAAAAAACGUGACUUAUAUUCACCCUAAUAUAUUGAUAACCCUUUUGAUUUUGAAGCAGGUACUUAUUGCGUGUUUUUACAUGUAAAAUGGUAAAAAAACGCAACUCAUUCUUUCGGUAUUGGUUCUUAUGGACCUGGUGAUCGUAGAAAUCCAUAAACUUAAAUUAAAGAAAUUUAACCUGGAUAGUCUAAUGGAUUAGACUAAAAAGUUUCUUAAUGGCAAUAAGGAUACUAACCAAGUUUUAAAAUUGAAAAUAUCAUAAAUAUUUGAGUUUACUUAAAAUAAAUUAAAAACUUUAUAUUAUUUUAUAUUAUAAGAUAAUAUCAAUAUAAAAAAAACUUAUUGUAAAAAAAUAAUUAAAAAUCUAAUGUAUUGAAAAUAAAUAUAAAU